AUGAAUCCUGAUCCUGCCUUCGCCAGCUGUCGCGUUCCGCAGGAAAGCGACGACGCGAACGACAACGACGAUGCGGACGAUGACGACGAAGCGGAACAGGACACACGGGGGAGAGACGGCGCAGGGGGGAGUAACAGCAGGAGCGAGAGGGACGUGGGCGCGCGGAAAGAGCAGGGCGGGGGGGAAGGAAGGGGGAAUGGGGAAGUAGCGGAGGGCGGCGGGGGCGGGGCGGCGGAGUGGAGCAGCGCAAGCGAGUGCAGCAGCGAGUGCAGCGACGGCGACGGCAGCGUCGCCAUCCAGUUCUCCGACUCCGACGACGACCCCGACCCGGGGGACGACGACGCGCAGUGCGCGCCGUGGCGGGGCGCGGAUAGCGCGCCCGGGAGGCGCGGAGGGGAGGUGCCGUGGUGGCAGUGGGGGAGCAGCGGGAACGGCCGGCUUGGGGGAGGCGCGUUAGGGCGGGGGAAGGCGGGGGCUGGGAGGGGAGGGGGGAGAGGCGCGGGAAGGGUGGGCGGAAGUUGGGGCGCGGUUAUGGGGGGACUGGGGAAGCCCGCGGUGCCUCCACCUCGCCUCGUGGGGUCGGGCAAGCGCGCGUGGAUCCGCAUCGUGGAGAACGAGUACCUGCACCGCCGCCCCAAGCUGCAGCGCACCGACGAGGUGUUGGUGUGCCAGUGCGUGCCGCCGCCGCCCGGGCGGCGAGAGAAGGGGUGUGGGGAGGCGUGUUUGAACCGCCUGGUCAGCAUCGAGUGCCAGCCCAAGCUCUGCCCCUGCGGCGCUGCCUGUGCCAACCAGCAGUUCCAGCAGCGGCGGUACGUGAAGGUGGAGAUAGCCCGCUACGGCCGCAAGGGAUACGGCGUGCGGGCGCGGCAGGCAGUGGCAGCGGGGCAGUUCAUAGUGGAGUACGUGGGGGAGGUGCUCAACCGCAAGGCGUUUGCUGUACGCCUGGAGGAGUACAGGCGCGCCAAGCAGCGCCACUACUACUUCAUGACUCUCAACAACAGCGAGGUGAUAGACGCAUGCCGCAAGGGCAACUUCUCGCGCUUCCUCAACCACAGCUGCGAGCCCAACUGCUGUCUUGAGAAGUGGAUGGUGCGGGGCGAGCUGCGCAUUGGGCUCUUCUCCCUGCGCCCCAUCAAAGCGGGCGAGGAGCUGUCGUUUGAUUACAACUACGAGCGCUUUGUGGGGGCGCGCCCCACGCGCUGCUACUGCGGCAGCCAGUCCUGCCGCGGCGUGCUGGGCGGCGCUGAGCUCAAGAAGCCACGCGUGCGCCCUGCUGUGCAGCGAGCUGUGGCCGAGGAGGUGGAGGAGGAGGAGGAGGAAGAGGAGGAUGAGGAAGAAGUCGGAGGGAGAGAAGGGGAGGAGAGGGAGGGGCAGCAGAUGGUGAUUAGUGAGAGAACGAUUGGGCUGGGCAGGGAGUGUGAGGCGGAGGAGGAGGGAUCAGAGAGUGAGAGUGAUGAUGGGAGUGAGAGUGAGAGUGAGAGUGGGAGUGAGGGUGAGAGUGAGAGCGAGUCGGGGAGUGAGAGUGAGUGGGAGGAGGUGUACGGGUCAGGGGAGGGGAGCGAGGAGGAGGGAGCAGAGGAGUACGGGUGCAGGCGGGAGGGCAUGCAUAUGGGGGUGGCUGCAGGGCGCGAGGGGAGAAGCGUGCAGGGGGGCGCGGGAGAGCAGGGACCAAGACAUGGCCGGGGGACGCAGCAGGGGGAGAGGGAGGGGCGGGGCGGGCAGGACGAGGGGGAGGGGGAGCGGGUGUGGUUGGAAGGGGGCGAAUGGGAAGGGGAUGGGGAACGGGAAGGGGAGGGGGAGGGGGAAGCGUGUGUGGAGGACGGGGAGGGGGGCAUGCGGCAUGCCAAGAGGCGGAGGCUGCGGAAGGUGGCAGGUCUGGGUGAGAGGGUGUGGCGGCAGGGCGGGGAGAGGGAGGACGGGAGCAGGGAGGCGUGGGGGGGCGAGGAGAGCGGGGCACAUGGGCAUGGGUUUGACCUGGUGGCGGAAGCAGCAGGGGGGGGAGCGGGGGCGGGGGAGGUGCAGGCAGCGCCGGCUGAGUAUGUGGUAGCGGCGUGCCAGGGGGUGCUGUUCCACUCCGAUGCUGAGUGUGUGGUAGCGGCGUGCCAGGGGGUGCUGUUCCACUCCGAUGCUGAGUGUGUGGUAGCGGCGUGCCAGGGGGUGCUGUUCCACUCCGAUGCUGAGUGUGUGGUAGCGGCGUGCCAGGGGGUGCUGUUCCACUCCGAUGCUGAGUGUGUGGUAGCGGCGUGCCAGGGGGUGCUGUUCCACUCCGAUGCUGAGUGUGUGGUAGCGGCGUGCCAGGGGGUGCUGUUCCACUCCAAUGCUGAGUGUGUGGUAGCGGCGUGCCAGGGGGUGCUGUUCCACUCCGAUGCUGAGUGUGUGGUAGCGGCGUGCCAGGGGGUGCUGUUCCACUCCGAUGCUGAGUGUGUGGUAGCGGCGUGCCAGGGGGUGCUGUUCCACUCCGAUGCUGAGUGUGUGGUAGCGGCGUGCCAGGGGGUGCUGUUCCACUCCGAUGUGGAGGAGGCGUUGGAGCUGCUACUGGACGGCAACGAUGCGCUCAUCAAGGGCAAGAGCACGGCGCGUUCCUUCGUGCGGCUGCUAAUGCGGGCCACCUCCUGUGGAGACUUCUCCUCGGGUGUGCCCAACUUCAGUGCCAAGGAGGUGUCGCUGCUGCUGGAGGCGCUGCUCCGCACCUCAUCAAGAACGCUCCUCAAACACAUCAUUGCCACCAACGGGCUGAACGUGCUCCAGAUCUUGGGGCGCAAGCUGCAGCACGAGAGGGAGCGAGUGGCCAUUCUGAGGAAGCUGCUGCGAGUGGCACACCACCUGCACGCCACUGCUGCCCUCUCCCUGCAGGCCGCUCAUGCCGUCCCGCCCACCGCCAAUGAGAGCUUCUCCACGCUGAUAGGCACAGGGACGCGGAGCUUCUCUGCGCUCAUUGGCCGGCUGCGCAGGCACAGGGACGCGGAGCGCCACACCUCCUCUCUGGCAGAAGCUGCUGCUGCUGGGACCUGUGCCUCCGCUCCCUCUCACCCUUCUCCUGCUGCGGCUGCUUCAGCCUCUGCCACUGGCCCCGCUACUUCGCAUCCCACUGCCCCCUCCUCUGCUGCUGCUGAUUCCGCCACUGCGGCGGCCGCAGCAGCGGCAGCAGCAGCCAGCAUGCCUCUGCUCGCACACACCCUCCGCCACCUGCAGUCGCUGCCGCACCUGCAGACUCUACCACACCUGCAGUCGCUCUCACUGCCUCUCAGCAUGAACCUCGCCCUGGGGGGAAACCUGGGCAUGGGCAUGGGCAUGGACCCUGCUUCCCUGCUGAUGCAGCAGCAUCAGGGGCCAGCAGCAGCGGCAGCAAUGGCAGCGGCCGCUGCAGCCAUGGGUGGGCCGGGCUGUCGGCCUCAAGGGGGUGGAGACGCGGGCGGUUCACCACAUGGUGCAGGAGCAGCAGCUGCUGCUGCUACUCCACCUGCUGCUGCUUCUGCAGCUGCUGCAGCCGCGACAGUUGCUGGCGAUGCUGCAGCGGGUGAUCCUAGUGGACAUGGGGAAGGUGGUACGGCUGCCACUAAUAGCAGUGCUUCUGCCGAUGAUAGGGCGGUUGCUGCGAAUGAUAAGAGCACUAGCAAGCCACCACCCACCCCAACCACUGCAUCUGCCCAACCCCAUGAAGCAGCAGGUGACGCCUCAGCUGUCCCAGCAUCAGCACACCUGGUGCCUCCUGCCUCUCACCCCCUGCCUGCUGCCGCGCACCCGUCGCACUUUUCAGCAGCCACCACAGCAGCGGCAGCAGCAGCGGUGCAGCACAUGAUGCAGCGCCGCCUCUCCCUUGCCCUCUCCCAUGCCGUCUCCCAAGCCAACGCCGCCGCCGCUGCUGCUGCCACCUCGCUUGCUGCCAAACCUCCUGCCCCUUUCCAACCACAUGCCCCCUCCGCUGCCCCCUCUGCCCCGCCUGCUGCUCCCGUUCCCGCUUCCCCCACUGCUGUGCCACAUGCUGUUCCACCCUUUGCAACUCCUCCCUCCUCUCCCACCCCGGUCCCUGCCUCGCAGCCCACUAAUCACCCACUCCCUGCCUCGCAGCCCACUAAUCACCCACUCCCUGCUGCUGCUUCCUCGCCCACGCCCCCGUCCCCCUCUCCCAAGCUCUCGUCCCAACAUGCCCCGCAGCACGCCCCUCAGCACAUCUGCCAGCCGCUCAUGGCGCCCUUUACCAGCCCUGAACGCUGCCCUGCACCUUCUGCCUGUUCUGCUGCCUCCAAGGGGGCCAAGAGGCGGCAGGCGUGGAGGAACGCGGGAGGGGAGAAGGAAAUGGAGAAGGGGAGGGAAAAGGAGGGGGAGAAGGGAGGGCAGAAGGGAGGAGAGGGUCAGGCGAGUGUGGAUGGAGUGGGCAAGGAUGUCCCAGAGCCUGCAUUGCCAGUUGCGGCUGCUGAUGCCCCUCUUCCUGCCCAUACUGCUGCUGCUGCUGCUGCUGACGCAGCGAGUGGAGAAGAGGGGCGAAGGAUGGGAGGGUCAGCAGCACCAACAGCAGCACCCUUGCCCACACACCAGCCACCACCCCCGUUCCCUGCUGUCUUUGAAUUGUCUCAAAGGUCACCCUCGUCCCCUGCUGCCCUGCCCACAGCGCCUGUAACCGGCAGUGCGGGCAGCACAUGGCAUGGUGCCGUGGCACAUGCAGCAGCAUUAGGUGCAGCAUGCAGUGUGCUACCCCAUGCCACGUGGCAUGCUACUGCACCGGCAGCCAGCCAUGCCAGCCAUGCCACCGCCGUCCCGUUCUCCUGCGCUGCAUCUGCUGCUGCGGCUUGUGUCAAGGUGGAAGGCAGCGCGGCAGCAGCAGAGGCAGCGCAUGGAAGGCGGGUAGUGGAGGGCAUGGGAGGGACGUGGAGGGAAGAUGCGCAGGUGGCAGGGGCGCAGGCUGUAAGGGGAGGGGUUGCAGGGGGAGAGGCUGCAGGGGGAGAGGCUGCAUGGGGUGGAGAGGCGCAUGGUGAAGGGGGUGUGACGGCAGGCAUGGGUGCAGGGAGCAGGGCAGUGGUGGCAGCAGCAUGGGCAGGUGGUGCAGGUGGGUUGGCUGCGGUGCCUGAGUGUGAAGCAGCGGCACCUCGUGCCGCGCCUGUGCCGCCCCGGCCUCUGUUCAAGUGGGUGGUGAAGGAAAUCCCCGUGCAUGCUGAUUUGCAUGUAGACGGGCAUGCAGACGUGCAUGCGGACGGAUGUUCAGACACGCAUGGGGCUGUGCAUGGGGAUGUGCAGGCAGGCGAGGCUGGUGCUGUCGUAAAUGGGGGCGUGAGGGAUAAUGGCGUGGGCAGUGGGGGCAUGGGUGGUGGGGCAAUCGGUGGUGCAGGCAUGGGCGGUGCAGGCAUGGGCGGUGCAGGCAUGGGCGGUGCAGGCAUGGGUGGUGCAGGCAUGGGUGGUGCAGGCAUGGGUGGUGCAGGCAUGGGUGGUGCAGGCAUGGGUGGUGCAGGCAUGGGCAGUGGGGAGAGAACACUGGAGGGUAUGCGAAGUGUUGGAAUGGAGUGGGGUGGGGAAGUGGGGUGGGGGGGGAGAGUGGGCGGCAUUGGAAAUUGGGGAGGAGCACACGGGCUGGCUGCGUAUGGCAUGCCGUAUCACACGGCACUUGGCAUGGCGUCAGUGCAGCAGGCAGCAGUGCAGCAGGCAGCAGCACAGCAGGCAACAGCGCAGCAAGCACUGGUGCAACAGGCAGUGGGGCAGCAGGCAGGGGUGCAGCAGCAGGGAGCGGGGCAGCAGCAGUGGUACGAUGCAUGCAUGCAUGGGCAUGGGGCAGCAGGGCCGGUGGCAGGGCGAGCCAUGGCGUACGCACAGGCAGCGAUGCCAUGGGCUGUGCAGCACGGCGGGUGGUGGCCUGCUGCUAGAGACCACGCCAUGCUGGCAGCAGCAGGGGGAGCGCGAGAGGAGGAAAAGGCAGCUUCACAUGGGCCUGACCCUGUGCGGGGUGCUCCUGCUGCUAAUGGGACAAUUGACACUGCUCACACUGUUGACAUGACUGGCAAGCCCAAGGAUUCGACUGACGUGACAUCAGGACUGAUUGAUGUGAAGGUAGAGUGCACGGACGUUACACCGGGCUUUACUGACAUAGGAUCACAGUACACUGACAUGCCCAAGGGUUCGACUGAUGUCACACCAGGGGUGAGUGAUGUGAAGGUAGAGUUUACGGACGUUGCACCAGACUUGACUGACAUAGGGCCACAGUACACUGACAUGACACUUGAUUUGACUGACACGAAACCAGAGCUUAUUGAUAUGGAACUGGUUUCAGAUGAGUUGACUAACAUAGCACUGACAAGCGCCGACGUGAAACCGAUAGCUGCUGCUGAUGUGGAACCAGUAGCUGCUGAACUGGAACCGAUAGUUGCUGACUUGAAACCGAUGGCUGCUGACCUGGCGGUCCAGAAGGCAGUACCACGUGGCACCGCUGACAUGGCCGGAAGGGCAUACAGUGCGGCGGGCGAUGCGACACAGCGAGAGCACAGCCUGACUGACAUGACCCGCUCGUUGCUCCAGCAGCACAUGGCCCCUGUCGUGGAGGCUAAGGCGGAGGUUGUAGCGCUGCGUGGGCAGGGCUGGCAGAGCUGCCCGGCUGUGGACCCUCCUUUGAGCCGCGUGCAGCAGAAGGGGGCCGAGUUGGAAGAACACAGGAGGCAGUGCCUGCAGGGGCAGCCGCAGCAGCAGCAAUUGGUGGAGCAGCCGAGGGAGGAGGAAGAGCAGGAGAAGCAGAAGGUGCGUGUGAGAGGCGGACGUGUGAAGGAGGAGUGCGGGAGGGGGAGGGGGUCAGGCGUGGAUGGCGAGGGGAAGAGGCGGGCAGAGGGAAGGCGGGCUCCCAGGGGCGAACUGCACGGAGUUGUGGCUGCGGUGCACAGGGAGGCGAAGCUUGGGGCGGCGGAGGAGGGGAAGAGGGAGGUGGUGGAGGGGGGGGGCAGGGAUGCGUUGCAGGGGGAGGAGCAGGGUCCAGUGCAGGUGAAGGCUGGAGGGGUAGAGAAAGGGGUUGGGGAUGUCGUGGGGUGCAGCGGGGCACAGGCAGGUGUGGCAGACAUGAAGGGAGGUUUGGCGGACCUAAAGAGGGGUUCGGCAGGCGCGAAGGGAGGUUCGGCAGACGUGAAGGGAGGUGCCGUGGACGCGAAGGGAGGUUUGGCAGCCACGAAGGGAGGUUUGGCAGACGCGAAGGGAGGUUCGGCGGACGCGAAGGGAGGUGUGGCAGACGCGAAGGGAGGUUUGGCAGACAUGAAGGGAGGUUCGGUAGACGCAAAGGGAGGUUCGGCAGACGCGAAGGGAGGUGUGGCAGACGAGAAGGGAGGUUCGGCAGACGUGAAGGGAGGUUUGGCAGACGCGAAGGGAGGUUCGGCAGACGUGAAGGGAGGUUUGGCAGACGUGAAGGGAGGUUUGGCAGAGGCGAGAGGCAGGAAGGUGCGUGGAGGAGCAGGCAAGGCGCAAGAGAGGCUGAGGCGGUGGCAGCAGCUGCAGCAGCAGCAGUUGCAGCAGCAGCAGUUGCAGCAACAGCAGGAGCAGGGAAAACAGCAGGAAGUGGAGGCGGGCAGGCGGGACGAGGCGGUGGGGCAGGGCAAGGUGGAUGUGCAGAGGGCGGGUGAGACGGCGGGUGGUGGAGAGGAGGGCGCGGAGGGUGCGGAGGUGGCAGCAAAGUCAGAGUUGAGGGAGAGAGAUGGGGCAAGGAAGGGCGAUGAUGCGAAGGGGGAAGAGGAUGGCAAGAGGGGAGAGGAUGGCAAGAGGGGAGAGGACGGAAAAAAGGGAAAGGAUGCAAAAACGGCAGAGGAUGCAAAAAAGGGAAAGGAUGCAAAAACGGGAGAGGGUGCAAAAACGGGAGAGGAUGCAAAACGGGGAGAGGAUGCAAGAAGCGAAGACACAAGCAGGGAAGAAGAUGCAAAAACGGCAGAGGUUGCUAGAGGAGAAUGGGAGCAGGUGGAAAAGAAGCAGGAGGGGAGAGUGGGCAUGGAUGGUGGGGCUGAAAAGCAGUGGGGCCUCCAACACGCGGAUUCUGGGUGCCAUGCAGUCAAAGCCCCCUCCGCUGCUGUUGCACCACCCGCUGCUGCAUUCCCCGCUGCUGUGCCAUCCCCUGCUGCUGCUGAUGCUGGUGCAGGCAGUAGUAGCACCCAUGGUGGCGCUGGCGGCAGCGCUAAUGGGCCGCCAGCAGCACAGCUGCAAGCACUGUCAAUCACUGCCCCUCAAACACCCUCUAUCACUGCUCUGUCGGCCACUGCUGCUCAACCCCCGUCAACCACUGCCCCUCAGCCCCCGUCAACCACUGCCCCUCAACCCCCGUCAACCACUGCCCCUCAACCCCCGUCAGCCACUGCCCCUCAAUCCCACCCACACCCUGCCGCCUCCCCCCUUGUGUCAACCCCUCCUCACAGUCUCUCACCAUCGCCUCAUCUCUUGCCCUCAUCCUCCCUUAUGCCCCCCCACUCCUCCUCUCCCCUCCCCCCUUCCCGCCUCCCCUCCCUGCCUCUCUCCCAGCCCUCCUACCCAUCGCCCUCCCCCGCCCUGCAUGGCCCCUCCCCGGGCUCCCUCACUCCCUCCUCUUGGCCGUCCCCUGCCGCUCCUUUCCCGCCCACCGCGCCCCCAUCUCGCCCCGCAUUCAAGCUUAAAUGGAACGUGCGUGUCAUCCCUGCUGAUGCGCCCCCUGCUGCUGCCGACGCCCCCUCGUUUCCCACUGCACAUGCUUCUCCUUUUGGUCAUGCUGCUUCCGCUCAUGCUGCUGCUGCUUUUACUUCUCAUGGUGCCAGCUCAGCUCAUGCAACCGGCUCAGCGAUGCCUCACAGCCUGCAGGCAGGUAGUGCAGCAACAGGGGAAGCAGCAGGAGGGUGUGUGUCACAGUGGAAGGGCGAGGGGAACGGGUGGCAAAGCGAGGGGCACCGAAGGCAGGGCGAUGGGCAUUGGCCGAGCAAGGGGCAUGGAAGGCAGAGCGAGGGACAUAGAAGGCAGGGAGAGGAGCAUGAGAUUCAGCAGCAGCACAUGCAGGCACAUGAGUGGCAGCAUCAUCAGCAGCAGCAGCAGCAGCAGCAGCAUCAGCAGCAGCAGCAGCCGCAGCAGCAGCACAACGGGGCGCAUCGACUCUCCUCAUCAUCAUCCGCUGGCGUCUCUGCUGGUGCUGCUGCUCGAUUCAGCUGCAACUGGCAUGUGGACGCGCCUCUGCCACGCGCUCAUCUCUCCUCCCCUGCCCCCCUCCGUCCCGUCUCCUCCCCACCACCCCCGGCCACGGCUGCUGACGGGCUGCCUUAUGCCCUGCCACACGCUGCUGACGGGCUGCCUUACGCCCUGCCACACGCUGCAUCCCGCAGGCCCGUGUGGAGCGUCAGCACCAUUGCCAUACCCGCCAGCCCCUCCGUUGAACCACCCACUCACAACCUGCCACGUGGCACUGCUGGUUUCUCCAGUGCCGCAGAUGCUUCAGUGCAUCCCGUGCCACAUGCAGCCGCCUCGCCUCUCCCACCACCCUCCAUCCCGUUCCCUCACCCAUCAUCCCCACUCCGCUCCUCCCCUCCUCCUCCUCCCCCUCUCCCGCUCUCCCCAGCAUCAGUCCGACCUGCACCAGGUGCCACCUGCCCCUCCCUAUCUAACAACCCUCCUUCCAAUCCACAUGACAGUGCUCUGCCUCAGCAGUACCCCCCCUCUCCUUCCGCCCGUGCUUGCUCACACCCCCCUCCUCCCCCCCUUCCUCCCCCUCCUGCCUCUCCUCCACCAUCUCCUCCCCCACCCCCUCCCCCCCCUUCCUCCUCCCCCCCUCCCCCGCCACCUUCCGCCCUUCCAGCUCCACCCCCUUCAAGCAUCCCCCUCUGUGGCCCGGUUGCCAGCGGGGCAGGGGGGUGGGGCGCAGUGGAUGAAGGGGAGGGGGAAGGGACAUGGAGGGUGGGUGAGGGCGCGGGGGGUGCUGGAGUGCAGGGUGGGGAGGUUGGUGGGACGGGUGUGCCCUCGUGUGGGGAGGCGAGACGUGAACAGGUGGGGACUGAGGAGGUGGGGAAUGGGGAGGCGGGGGGCAGCGAGGAGGAGGAGGAGGACAUGGAUGUGGACAUGGACCUCAGUGACCUGGACCUCUCUCACUGCCCUUCUGCCCCGCCACCACCUGGGCCGGCAGCAGGGGUGGAUGUAGCAGGGGUAGCAGGUGGGCUGGGAGCAGGUGGGCUGGGAGCAGGUGGGCUGGGAGCAGGUGGGCUGGGAGCAGGUGGGGCAACAGCAAAUGGUGUGGCAGCAAGUGUGGCAGCAGGUGGGCAGGCAUGGGGUAAAGAAGUGGAAGGAGGAGUGGGAGGUGUGGGCGGCAAGGAGGUUGGGGAAAAGGGCAGGGCAGCAGGAACAGCAGAGGGGGCAGAACCGCUUGGUGCAACAUUUGUGAGUGCAGCACGAGCCACCGAGCCUAAAUUAGCCCCGUCACUCGCACCAGCCCCGUCACUCACGCCAGCUGCGCCAGUGGCACCAGUCCCAGCAGUCCUGGCAGCCUUGGCAGCCCCAGAAGCACCAGCAGCCUCGAGACCCUUGGCGCCAUCAGCAGCGGGGGGAGCAUCUGCAGCGGCGGCGGCAGGCACGCGGGUGGCACCAGGGGGCGGCAUGGCAGGGGGACGGCGGUGGGUCACUCCGCUGUGCCGCGAGUUUGAAGCCGCGGUGACUGACAUCGUGCAGCAUGCCAUGGCGCCAUUCCUCUCCAAGGUAACUCCUCCCACUCAACCUCACUUCUCACCCUCUCUCAAGACUCGGCACUUGUCCACACUGCCAUGGCUUGCUGCUCCCCUCCACGCGCGCCUCACUCCUCUGCUUCCCCUCCUCACCUCCACUUCCAUCUUCUCCCUUCCCACACACCCCCUCCCCUCGUAUUCUCUCCCCUUCCCCUGUCUGCAGCUGUCGGGGCGGGAGGUGGAGCGCAUGCGGGGCCGGCUGGUGCGGGAGGUGGUGGGGAAGGAAGCGGUGAAGAGCCGGCAGCGCACCCACCAGCUUCUUUAUCCGUCCACCUUAUCUGUUCGCACGCGCGCUGCGGUCCGCGUGCCUGCGGGAAGAGCGGCGGGCGGCAUGUCGGCGAUGUCGGACAACGUGGGGCAGUACGGCCGCAUCGGCACCGUGCCGGUGGCCCAGGGAGCCGAAGUCCCUCUAACGCACCCAGAGUUUCCCUACACGCCCGAGCCCGCAGCGAGCAGGGGAUCAGACACCUUCUCGUCGACCGCAGGUGGGGCAGGCUCGUCCCUGCCGCCCCCCCCGGUGGGCAUCUGGGGCGUGUUCAGCGUGGCGUUCUACCGCCCCUUCUUCGAUGUGGACACCGCCGACGUGGCGGAGCGAGUGCGGGACGCGCUCAUGCCCUUCCCGCGCUCCUCCUUCCUCGAAAAGACGGCCCUCAACCCCGACAUCUACGGGCCGUUCUGGAUCUGCACGACGCUCGUGUUCCUGUCGGCCUCGCUGGGCAACCUCGCGAGCUACCUCAGCUACGCUGCCUCGCCCUCAUCAGCCGCGGAGGAGCACUGGCACUACAACAUCGACGCCGUCAGCUGGGCUGCCGCCAUCUUCUAUGGCUAUGUGGCUGUCGUGCCGCUGCUGCUCUUCUUCCUCCUGCGCUACCUGCAGGUUUCCGCGGGGUUGGUUCAGCUGUGGUGUCUGUAUGGCUACUCUCUGGCUGUCUACAUCCCCAUCUCGUUCAUAACGGUGCUGCCGCUGGACCUGCUGCGCUGGCUCAUAGUGCUGGGCGCCACGGCCAUCUCGUGCUUCUUCCUCGGUGUCAACCUGCGCGCGCAGAUCACAGUGGGCCACGAGAUGUGGUUCCCCAUCGUUGUCGGCGCUGUGCUGCUGCAGGCCGGCCUGGGGGUUCUCCUCAAGCUCUACUUCUUCACCUACAUUCAGCUCUAG